AUGAAAUCGGAAACCAGGCACUUUGCUGAUAAAUGCGCUGAACAGUUCCUCAAGGUGGCAAAUGACUGGGGAAUUGAAAACAAAAUGUUCACCAUUGGUACUGAUAGCGCAGCAAACAUGCUGGCUGCUAUGAGGGCCCUUCCAUAUGAGCACAUUGCCUGCAAUGCUCACAUUCUGCAGAGGACCAUCACAGUCUGCAUCGACAGCAGUGGGUUUGCGGGUGUACUGGCAAUGUGCCGCAAGAUUGUUGGCCAUUUUAAACAAAGCCUGGCGAGUAUUACAGAACUUAACCAGCAACAAGUAGCACUUGGGAAAAAGAGGGAGCAGCUCAUACAAGAUGUACCGACAAGGUGGAAUUCGACACUUGCGAUGGUAUCACGUCUCUUACGCAACCGAGAGGCUGUCCAGGCUACGUUGGACCAACAGAAUAACAAUAGACUUGUCAUGCCAACCGAAGCUGAGUGGGGGAAACUGCAGAGGCUGGAGGUUCUGCUUGAACCAUGCAGGUACGCCCAAAUAAACACCUGUCCAUUUUAAUGAAAUAAACUCCUGUCACAUGUGUAAUCCAAAUAUGAAUUAACAUCAGGUAGUCACUUAAGGGAAAAAUAAAUUGAAAAUCAGCUAAGUUGAUUUUGCAAACGUAUCCACCUCUGCAGGUAUGUGACUGAGCUGCUGGGUGGUGAGGCCUACGUCUCUUGCUCUGUUGUGCUGCCAGCUUUUUGCCAUCUGGACCACCUCAUGGAUAUCACUGAUGAUGAUCCAACCUACGUGGUGAAGUUUAAGAAUGCCUUCCAGAGGGACCUGGCAGCAUGGCGACCUGUUGCCAAUGAGACAUGGUUCAAGGUGGCCACAGCACUGGAUCCAUGUUUUAAGGAUUUGAAAUGUCUUCCAAGAGAGAAUAGGGAACAGUUAAACACUAUAUAAGGAUAAGUUAGACUAAUGAGUUCAAUUUAUCAAAUCAAACUUUGUUUAUCAAGCAGUUUUCACACAUACAGCAACACAAAGUGCUUCUCAGAAUGAAAUAAAAUUAAAUGGCCUACUGCACUUAAUAACAAUCAGUCAUUCAUCCAUCUAUCCAUUCAUUCAUUUAUUUAUUCAGGUGUGGACCAGUCUGGAGAACAUGCUCCAAGCAGAAAAGCCCAGAAGAGCAGCUACUCUCCAGCCCUCAACAGUGGAUGAUGAACCAGCUGAGAAGAAGAGGAGGAGCGCUCUCAUGUUAGGGUCUGACUCUGACUCAGAAGAAGAUGGAAUUGAGUAUGGAAAGCUUCAGCGCUACAGAGCAGAGCUCGAAUACAGCGGAAUGUAAAUGGCUACGAUUUCAUCUGUUCAAGUCUGUAAAAAAAUAAAUGACUUUAUAAAGCCACUUUUUUGUUAUAUAUCAAUUUUUUGAUCUGCCACAUUAAUGUAAUGAAUUUAAUUGAAAAUACUUCAAGUUGAGGGCUUUUCUUAGCAAUUUUUUAGGUGAGAUUAAAAAAGAGAUUAAUUAGAUUAAUUAAUUACAGAUCAUAAUUAAUUAAUCUCUCAAAUUUUUUUAUUGCUUGACAGCACUAAUUCUAUUCUAUUCUAAUGAUUUCACUCCCGCUUGAUGUGUAGAGACACUCAGACCCAGAGUUCUGGAAUAGGCUUAGGUCAGGGUAUGGCUCAGAGUUCAGGGUCAGACUCAGACUUCUCGAAACAGAGCCCAGGUCUUGACUGCUCCAAAUGGUGGUUCUGUGUUCAUGACCGGUGCUGCAGAUGGCUUCCUACAGUUUUAUUAAAAAAAAAAAAAAACAAUGUAUUUCUAUUUACACCCAGAAAAAUGUAUCUGUUUUAAGAACCAAAUUUCUGUUUUUCUUAAUGCAGUCUGGUGAAAGAUUGCCUCUGAUGUUAUGAAACAAUGCUUCUGUUUUUUAACUGGUUUCCUAAAUAUACACAAACAUUAAACUUGUUUCUUCAGUGCAGUCUCAGAUGAACACGGCCACAUUAAAGGUAGCAGAUGUCUCUUUUUUUAAACCUCUUCUUCCACCUUUAGCUACAGACCUAUAAAAAUCUCUUCCCAUCACUCUGUGUUUGCACCUCCACCUGCUCAGAGCUGCUCCUGCAAGGUACGAAAUAAUGAUGGCACAAUAUGUGAGCCGCAGCUCUUCAGGGGAAAUGUUGAGUCAGGCAGCCGGGUGUGAUCACCUGAGUAGCCAGGGGGUGGUAGGGCUGUCUGGAUGCUGGUAAUGAUAAACCUCCACCAUACUGACAGUCAGCAGCAGCAGCAGCAGGUCCACACAGACCAUAUCAGCGUCUGGAUCUACUUAAUGAAACGAUUAAACAAAAAGGACAGCUCUAUCCAGCAACAAUACAUUGAUAUAAGUAUGCACAUUGAUUUAUGGUAUUAGAUCAAUCUGGUAUGUUACAGAACAACCUGAUAGAUAAUAUAAUGACAUACAACAGGUUAAAAUGUUAUGUUAUGAUAAAAAAUAAAAAAAUAAAUAAAUGUUGUAGCAUCUGAGACCUCUAUAGGCUGGUCUAACGUCACCCCCAUCCUCCUAUCUCUGCUCUGGCUCAUUAUUUAAUAUAAUACAGUAUUGUACUAUAUUCAAUGAUAAAAUAGGACACAAUGAAUAGGAAGUAUGAUAUGAUUCUGUGUAGUCUUCUUCAAGUACGUUUCCCUCACUUUAGUCUAAAUGAUGGUGAAAUAAACAAAUCUCAAAAAAUAAAAAUAUUUGAAAUAUAUAAAUAUUUGAAAACUUCCUUCAUGGAAAAAGGCAGAAAUACAAAAAAGGAAAAAAGAAAGUCUUCCACGCCCCAUCUGAACCCACUGUGACCCACCAACUGACAGCCCUCCGAACCAGCAGCAUCAGCCUGUGCUGGCCUUUUUAGGAGGCGGGGCUGCAGCAGAGUGGAGGGGGUGGAGUCACCUUGCCGGCAGCGCUGUGCUUCAUGCAUUAAUGAAGACGGAGGGGAAGUUAGCUGGAAGUGUUUGUGUGUCAUCCUGUCACAUUUAAAGAGGAGGGCAGAGAGAAAGGAGCAGAUCAGCUCUGACUCUUGCAGCAGAUGUUUGGAAAUGUGCUAAUGUGGAGAAUUAUUUCUGCCACACUCUGAUGUUAACAAAUACUGAGUUACACAAGCUGAAAUCUGCUUUACACAGGAAAUAUAUGCAAACAAUAUGUCUCAGAGACUGUUUCUGUGUACUCCAGUGACAUGUUUUAAAGGGUUCAUGUUGGAUAACACUGACCAAAGCAGGCCGAGGUUAUUUUUAGGUCUUAGUUCAGACUCAGAGGGGAUUAAAAACUCUAAAGAGGCAGAGAGGUGUCUCUAAAACACCCAGCAAAUAAUUAAACUGUCAGUGUACUAUACAAUGCAUAGGUGCAACCCCCCCCCAUAGAAAGUAGUUAUAAAUUUGACUUAGACGUUCACUUGAACAGAUCCCUUUUCUUAUUACAUUCUGACUGUUUAUUUCCACUCCUUAUUGUCCUCCAUUUAAAUCACCGCUUUUUACAUUACAUUAAUUUCCAAGUCAGAUGCUUUUAUACUGGAUAUUUAGUUUAUAGUGUUGUGGAGUCUUAGCCUACAUGUCAUGACAAAUUUUUUUCAUUUACAGAAGGACAAUUAAAUCUAGGCUCAUUACGCCUAUUAUCUGCAGUGUUGUUCUCUCAUAAAUUUGUGUGUGUGUGUGUGUGUGUGUGUGUGUGUGUGUGUGUGUGUGUGUGUGCGUGUGUGUGUGUGUGCGUGUAGCCAGGUCAGUUGAAAUUCAAUUCAAUUCAACUUUAUUUAAUGGCACUUUUCAUACAAAAGAAAAUGCAAUUCAAAGUGCCUCACAGAGGCUAAAAACAACGAUAAUGACAAAAACCCAACCCUUCCCCCCACACACACACCGAUGGACCCACAUGCACACAAAGACACACACCCACCCUCACUCAACCACACGUACACACACACACACACACAACCGCACACAGUGUGAGAAUUUAAGAUAUAUUGUUUAAGAGACAUGGCCUGACACCGAGACAUUACGUGAGGAAAGAGCUACCUUUAGGAAACACUGGAGAUAAAAAUAAAAUAUGUUGAAAAGGGUAAAUCCUGAUGGACUAAAAUAAAAAUAUUAAAUGAACAAAUUAGUAAAAGGGGUAAAAGAAGUAAAAACCUGUGACGGGAAAUUAAGAAAAAGACUAAGAACAGAGAUAACAAAUAGAAUGACAUUAAAUAAACAUUAAGAACUUUGAUUAAAAUAAACAUUUGCAAUAAGAGAAAUCUAAAAUGGCAAUUAGUAAAAAGCCUGGUUAAAAAAGUGAGUCUUAAGCCUCUUCUUUAAAAAAUUGCAGAGAACAGUUAAAUGAAAGACAUGAAAAUGCCAAGUAAAAAGAUCUCAAGGUUUGUUGAAAAAUAUCCAUAGAGAAGAAUGAGAUGCUUAUGGAAACGUUUAAUAAUGUUUUCAUUAGGCACAGAACAUCAAAGUACAGAGCUGGGCAUGGAGAGACAUAGCUACUGUAGUGAUGAUCACACCAGUGUUUAUGGUAAGCAAAGAAAUAUUGUUCGGUCACGUAUAGUGUUAUUUACUCCUACUACUAAUAUCAUUCUUGAAAUUGCUGGUGUAGCAUAAACAAACCUGUAGACAGGUGGGAUAUGGACCUACAAAGAACAAAGACAUAAUUAAAGUUAUAGUAUGAAAUUAAGUUCAGCUCUUCUCUCUAAUUGAUUACGUUUUCUUGUUAUCCCUUAGAUAAGUUCUGAUUUUCUUUUUUGUCUUUUCACUUUUCUUUCUUCAUCUUAUUUAUGUAUGGGGUUAUUUUUCAACAAGCAAGAGAGAAUAAGAGUCUCUGAAAUGUAGAAUGAGUGUUUUGUAAGUGUAAUAUCUGUAAGUAUAUGUCUAAAUUCAAAAUGAAAAUGAAGAUAAGGACCCCAAGAAGAAUAGUUACUGCAUAUCUACUAGUGAUGGAUCCAGUAUAAAUCAAAUCACAUUAAAUAGUUUAACAUCAUUAUUUAAGAUAUUUGAGAAAGUAUCAGACAAUACAGCAAAAAUAUGGACUCCAUUUUAAAUCCAUUAAUCUCAGGUACAAGCAGGAAAAAAAACAGUCUUCAUCCCAAGAUGCUUUUCAAAGAGGAAGAGCUAAAAUGGGAUUUGGCCCAUCUCAUCUAACAUGAGUAACAGUGGCAAGAAAAAACUUCCUUUUAACAGGCAGAAACCUUGGGUCUAGUCUGGGUCGCUCCACAACAGUUCUGGUCCAAAGCCACCAGGAGGGAGCAGAAGACCAUGGUGGUGGACAAAGUCACCAGGGUGGAGCAGCAGCAAUUCCAUAUAAAGGCUAUAUCUCAAGGCAGACAAGGAGCCUGGAUGCCAUGGGAGGCCACUGUGCAGAGCUGGACAUCUGUAGGACGCUGCAGAGCAGACUAA